GGUUUAACAGAGAGCAGAAAGUCCGAGGAAGGUGUGAGUAUGGAGAGAGUCAGUCUGAACGGAGCUGGUAGGGUGGUGGAAGUGGAGUGGUCUGACGGUGGGGUGAGCAGGUUUCCCUAUGUCUGGCUGAGGGAUAAUUGUCAGUGCCAGCAGUGCUUUAACCCAGAUUCUCGCGCAAGACUUGUCCUGAUGGCAGACUUGGACGUCAGACUUUCCCCUGUCAGGGCUGAAGUUCAGGCAGCAGGCAGCUUGCUGACCGUUGAUUGGCCGGAUGGACACCAGAGUCAGUACGACUGGCCCUGGCUCAAGGCACGGUGCUUCUCCACUCCGGCACUGGAGAAGCGAGCGGGGGACUGGCAGAGAAAGACCAGGCUCUGGGGAGCGGAACUUGCAGAUGAUCUGCCCACAGCAGAUUUCCCCGCCUUACUGACAGACGACCGCGCCCUGUACGACUUCCUGUUUCUCCUGGACUCUGUCGGCCUCGUUCUGGUGCAGAACGUCCCCUGUGACGUCGGGCAGCUGGACAGACUGGCCAAUCGGGUGGCGUUUCUCAAACUUACAAACUACGGUGUUAAACUGGGACUUCACACGGACCUUCCGCAGUACAACUACACUCCAGGGGUUCAAAUGCUCCACUGCAUCGAGCAAUGUAAGGGGGAGGGGGGCGACAACCACCUUGUGGACGGCUUCAAUGUCGCUUACCAACUGAAGCAAGAGAACCCAGAGGCCUUCAGACUUCUCACUACGCUCAAGGUCAACUUCCAGGACGAAGGCAUGGACUACCACAGGUUCUUUCUCAGAGAAAAACACACCAUAAUCAGCCUAGACGACCAGGGUAAUGUUCAGGCCAUCAAUUAUAACGACCAGAUUCGUGACUCCAUCUUGGAUCUUCCUGCGGACCAGGUCCAGUCUCUCUAUGACGCGCUGAAGGCCUACAACACCAUCCUGUACCUGCCCAAGAACUGUGUACGGCACAAAAUGGCAGCAGGUGAGAUGAUCGCCUUCAACAACACCCGCACCCUUCACGGCCGCCUCGCCUUCAGCCAGACCGGCGGCUCCCGCCAUCUCCAGGGCGGCUACCUGGACUGGGACGAGAUCUACUCGCGCAUGCGUGUUCUCAAGACGGACCUGGGCAUCCAAGACUAACACCUUCCCAACAGCCUUUGCGGCAUGAACCUAGCUUGUAAUUGCACGUCGGC